AUGUCUGAAUCAACUGAAUCCUCUGAAUCCUUUGAGUCCAACUCUGGCUCAUCUGAAUCACCCGAAUCACCUGGAUCGCCCGAAAUACCAAAAGCAGAGAUAGUCGACGGGGUCAAAACAUUCAUUCCUCUUGAGAACAAUCCCGAGAUCCUCUCUCAUCUCUGCAAGAACCUCGGCAUUUCACGCAAACUCACCUUCCACGAUAUCCUCUCCACAUCCCCGGAUCUCCUUUCCUUAAUCCCCCGUCCCGUCCACGCAAUCAUACUUCUGGUACACGCGCCAAUCUACCACGCAACACGCUCUUCAGUCGAAUCCACACUCCCAGAAUACCAUGGAUUCGGUGAAUCCGAACGAGUAAUCUGGAUAAAACAAACAAUCGGACAUGCAUGUGGACUCAUGGCCCUACUGCAUUGUGUGUUCAAUCUGAAGGAUGGUCGAUAUGUUAUUCCAGGAUCUACACUAGACACUUUCCGAGACAAAGUCAUCGACCUGGAACCUGUUGAACGAGCCAAAUUGCUUUACGAUUCUACAUUCCUCGAAGAAGCACAUAUGGAAGCUGCCGCCCAGGGAUCCUCUGCUGCGCCCUCUCCUCACGAUGAUAAUCAUCAUCAUUUUAUCGGGUUCGUACAGAAAGAUGGAGAGGUGUGGGAGUUGAAUGGAGGUAUGAAUGGCCCUCUUCGACGGGGUUUCCUACCAGAGGACUCUGAUCUACUGAGUGAGCGAGGAUUGGCCUUGACCGUGAAUGACUUUCUUGAUGAAGCAGCGAAAGGUGGAUAUGGCGAGAUGAGCAUCGUGGCAAUUACAAUAUCUACCUAA